ACACACACACACACACACACACACACACACACACACACUCAUCUUUCUCUCCUAAAUUCUAACAUUUUCCAUGUUUCCUCAUUUUACAGAAGCCGAACUGCAUUUGAGAAGAAUAAGACUGAUGUUUUCCGUAUCAAAACACACAACGUGGGGCCUUUGAAAAAGCUGAGGAUCGAGCACGAUAACACCGGGAUGAAUGCCAGCUGGUUCUUGGACAGGGUGGUGGUGACCGACAUGAACCGGCCCCAUCUGCGCUUCUACUUCGCCUGCAACAACUGGCUGAGUCGAGAGGAGGGAGACAACCUGUUUGUCAGGGACCUGCUGGGAAGCCUGAACGCCAUGGACGUCCCAAAAUUAAAUAAAUACAUAGUGAGUGUGUUCACUGCUGACAUGAAGGGAAGUGGAACUGAUGCUGAUGUCUUCCUAAACAUCUUUGGAGAGAAUGGUGACACAGGAGAGAGAAGGCUGGAUAGUGACAAAGACAACUUUGAACGCGGGUCAGAAGACAAGUUUACAAUAGAGGCGCCAAACCUGGGAAGGUUGAGGAAAAUCACCAUUGGCCACAACAACAGAGGUUCAUCAGCUGGAUGGUUUCUAGAUAAGGUGGUAGUUGAUGACAUGGGGAAUAAAGAAGUGUAUGAGUUCCCAGUUAAUCGCUGGUUUGCCAUGGAUGAAGAUGAUGGCAAAAUACAGAGAGAUUUGUUGGUUGGAUCCAUGCAACCAAUGGGAAUCGUAUACAAUGUACAAGUGAUGACUGGAAAUGUGAGGGGUGCAGGCACCAACUCUAAGAUCCACAUGGUCAUGCAUGGUUCCAAGGGCUUAAAGAACAGCGGCAAAGUAUUCCUGGAGGGUGGCGCUUUCGAGCGUGGUCUUAUCGACAUUUUCAAUGUGGAGAUUUGUGAACUAAUCAGCCCGCUCAGCAGGGUCACCAUUGGGCAUGACAACGGGGCGGUUGGUGCUGGAUGGUACUGUGAAAAGGUGGUAAUAUAUUGUCCAUUCACGGGCAUUGAGCAGACAUUUCAGUGCGGGAUGUGGUUGGAUGAGGACGAGGGGGACGGACUAAUCGAGAGGGAGCUGUACGAGAUGGUCUCUCUCAGACAGAAAAAACAGAAAAAGUACCCAUGGUCCCUCUGGAUAUGGACAUCAGAUGUGAAGGGUGCAGGGACAGAUGCCCAGGUGUUUCUGCAGAUCUAUGGAGAGAAGGGCAAGUCUGACGAGAUCAAACUGGAAAACAACUCAGACAGCUUUGAACAGGCUCAGCUUGAUAAAUUUGUGAUUGAAAUGCCAGACAUAGGAAGACUGCAGAAACUGCGCAUCUGGCAUGAAAAGAGAAACCCAUUCUCAGGCUGGCAUUUAGCAAAGGUCACUUUGCUGAAGACCCUGACGAUGGAGAAAUAUUCUUUCCAAUGUGGCCGUUGGCUGGACAUCAAUGAAGACGACAAUGAGAUCGUCAGAGAGCUCCCAGCGACCGGAGCGCUCAUCGAGGAGCCGCUGCCCUUGAUAAAGUAUCGUGUUACCAUCUGCACCGGCAACGUCAGCGGCAGUGGCACCGAUGCCACCGUCUUCCUCAAUAUUAUCGGUGACCUGGGUGACACAGGGGAGCGACUCAUGAUUAUGAGCAAAAACAAUGUGAACAAAUUUGAAAAGGGCAAUCAUGAUGAGUUCCUCAUUGAAUCCGUGUCUUUAGGCCAGGUGCGCAGAGUGCGCGUCGGUCAUGAUGGCCGCGGUGGAGGCUGUGGUUGGUUCCUUGAUAAGGUGAUGGUCAGGGAGGAGGGCCAGCCAGAGACUUUGGCCAUUGAGUUCCCCUGUUUCAGGUGGUUGGACCGUAAUGAGGACGAUGGACAGAUUGUCCGCGAGUUAGUUCCAGACGGAGAAGGCCUACGUCUCUUUAGUAAGUGCAAAAAUAAAAACAUUUUAAACCAAAAACAGAUGUCAGCUACCAUAGCAAUCAAGACGGGCAGUGUGAAUGGGGCGAGCUCAGACUCCAGGGUGUUUGUCAAGCUGUAUGGGGAGAAGGGUGAUACUAACAAGACAAUACUGGCAGUUUCCGACAAUGACCUCAGGAACUAUUUUGAGACGGGACGCACUGACAUCUUUACCCUGGAAACCUUUGACAUCGGACAGGUCAGCCGGCUCUUGAUUGGUCACACUAAUGAGGGCUUGAGAGCCGGAUGGUUCCUGGACAGUGUGCAGAUCUCUGUACCAGUUCAUGGGAUGCAGUACAUGUUCCCGAGCCACCGCUGGCUCUGCAAAGACGAGGCUGAUGGGAAAGUGGAGGUCGAGAUCUAUCCCAGUGAGAUGUUGGAAAUCGAAAAAUUGAUCAACUAUGAAGUAACAGUAGUCACAGGGGACGUGCGUGCAGGUGGCACCAAUGCCAAUGUCUUCUGUCAGAUCUACGGAGAUGAAGGAAAAACUGAAGUUCUCGCUCUCAAGAGUCGCUCCAACAAUUUUGAACGCGGUACCACUGAGAUCUUCAAGAUUGAGGCUCAGGAUGUUGGUAAGAUCUACAAGAUACGUAUCUUCCAUGACGGGAAGGGUAUUGGAGACGGCUGGUUCUUGGAGACAGUGGACAUCAAGCGGCUGACGAUGACUAUGGUGCAGGUGGAGGUGAAGAAGGAGGACACUAAGAAAGACAAGAAAAAGGACAAGAAAAAGAAGAAGAAAGAAGAAGAAGAGGAGGUGGAGAUAGUUGAGGAGCUGCAGGAAGUGGUGGAGACAUUUAUUUUCUCAUGUAACCGCUGGCUGGCCAGGGAUGAGGAGGAUGGGGAGAUUGUGGUUGAGCUGCUAACCGAGGACAAUGAAGACUUGGAGAUGAACUCAUAUGAGGUUCAUGUGUUUACUGGGACUAUGUGGGGGGCGGGGACUGAUGCCAAUGUUUACAUCAACAUCUAUGGUGAGACUGGCGACACAGGGGAGCGACGGCUCAGGAAGUCGAACAACCUGAACAAAUUUGAAAAAGGCCAGGAGGACAUUUUCAACAUCGCAGCAGUCGACCUGGGAAUCCUGAAGAAACUGAGGAUCCGACAUGACAACAGCCAGGCCAGUGCCGGCUGGUUUUUGGACAGAGUGGAAAUUGUAGACAACAAAGAUGACACCACGUAUUUUUUCCCUUGCAAACGCUGGCUGGCUAUUGAUGAGGAUGAUGGACAGCUUGCCAGAGAGCUGGUUCCUGUGGAUGAGGCCUUUAUGAAGAAAGGUGAUGACGAUGAGGAAGACUCUGAAGCAACUCUUGGACUGGAACAGAAAGCCAUGUCAACAACAUACACAAUAAGAAUAAAAACUGGUGACAAAAAGUAUGCAGGAACUGAUGCUAAUGUCUUUAUGAUCCUGUACGGCACCAAGGAUGAUACAGGGAUAAUUAACCUGAAGGCUUCAAAGACUCAUAAAAACAAGUUUGAGCAGGGUAUGAUCGAUGAGUUCACUGUAGAAGCUGUUGACAUCGGACCACUGAAGAAACUGCGUAUUGGACACGACAACUGUGGAGGAGGAUCGGCAGGCUGGUUCCUUGACUGGGUGGAGAUUGAUGCCUCGUCUCUUGGACAGAAACUGCGCUUCCCCUGCGGUCGUUGGUUGGACAAAGGGGAGGACGACGGGGCCAUCAUCAGGGACCUAUCUAAUCCUCUACAGACGGAACUUUACACACCAUUUGUUCCUUAUGAGAUUAAAACCUUCACAAGUGACGUGUUUGGAGCCGGCACAGAUGCAGAUGUCUUCAUUGUCCUGUAUGGGCGAAAUGCAGUGUGCACCCAGCAGAAGUCUUUGUGUGUCAACAAGAGGGAGAGGAUGAUGUACUUUGAGAGAGGAGCCGAGGACAUGUUUAUUGUUGAGCUAGAAGAUGUGGGGGAUGUAAUUGAGAAGAUCCGUAUCGGCCACGACAACCGUGGGGUCAACCCAGGCUGGCAUCUGGACAGAGUGGAGAUCAGACGUCUGCUUAGGAAAGGAAAGGGUUCAGAGACUGUCAUCUUCCCAUGUGAGAACUGGCUCGCCAAAUCGGAGGGUGAUGGCGAAACAGUGAGAGAGCUGGUGCCGUCUGACAUCAUCACUGAGAAACUUUCACGAGACGGAAGCCUGAAAGUCACUGAAGUCGAGGUGGAAGAUGCCCUAGAGACUCACACAUACAAAGUGUCAGUGAUGACAGGUGAUGUGUAUGGAGCCGGCACCGACGCCAACGUCUUUCUCACGAUUUACGGGGACUUGGGGGACACUGGGGAGAGGAAACUCAGCAAGUCAGAGACAAACAGCAACAAGUUUGAACGAGGCUCUGUGGAUAAGUUCACUAUAGAGGCUGUUGACCUCGGACAGGUUUUCAAGAUAAAAAUCCGCCAUGAUAACAGUAUGGUGAGUGCCGACUGGUACCUGGACCAGGUGGAGGUGGUUGACGAGGACACGGAAGAGGUCUUUCUCUUCUUAUGUGAACGUUGGCUGUCCAGGAAGAGGGAGGACCGACGCAUUGAGCGAGUCUUCUAUGUCAAGGGUUAUGAAGGGGUUAGAGAGAGCCUAAACAGUAAGAAGAAGAUCUCAGUCCUGACUGUGAAGAGCGUUGACAGUAACAUGAACAAAAAGAACAAAAAGAAGAAGGAGGAAGAAAUUGAGCUUCCGAUCAUACCAUAUCACAUCACCAUCUGUACUGGCCUGGAGCGGGAUGCGAGCACCACCAGCAGGGCUUAUGUGAUCAUUAUCGGGGCCAAUCACACCCAGACAGAGAGGUUGUGGCUGGACCUGCCGGACGAGAGGAAGGGCUUUGAGGCCGGCUCUCUGGAGAGCUUUGAGACCCACGGUUCAGAUGUGGGGGAGAUCAAAAAGGUCGAGCUGGGCCAUGAUGGAGCCACUCCUGAGAGCUGCUGGCUGGUUGAUGAGCUGUCUGUUGCUGUGCCAACCAAAGGGGUCAAAUAUAUUUUUGCUUGCAAGUGCUGGCUGGCCAAAGAUCGAGGAGACGGUUUGACUGCUAGGGUAUUCAACGUGCUUGAUGCAGAGGCCAUUUCCAUCUCCCAAAAGAUUAUUUACGAGGUGACCGUAGUAACAGGAGACGUGCAGAAUGCAGGAACAGACACCCUGAUCUUCAUGUCUGUGUUUGGAGCCAACGGCAGCACAGAGGAGAUGCUGCUGCAGAAGAAUGAGGACAGGUUUGAGCGCGGUCAGGAGGACACUUUCAACAUGGAGAUAGAUGAUAUAGCCCCACUGAGGAAAAUGAGGCUUCGUAUUGAUGGCUCUGGCAGUCGACCUGACUGGUUUCUGGAUAAGGUGAUCAUGCGUAACCUGACCACAGAGGAGGUGUCUGUGUUCACCUAUGAGGAGUGGCUGUCCAAGACACGGGGAGCCAAGAGAACCGUGAUCUGCGAGAUGGCUGCUGUGGUGGACGAGGAGGUGAUGGUGGAGCUCACCACCUAUACCAUCCAGGUCAAGACCAGUGAUAAUGCAGGGGCAGGCACUGAUGCCAAUGUGUGGAUCAUCAUUUUUGGAGAGAACGGAGACUCUGGGACGCUAGCUUUGAAAGAGAGCAACAAAUCCAACAAGUUUGAACGGAAGCAGGUGGACACAUUUCGCUUCUCGGAUAUCCUUAGCAUUGGAGAGCUCUCCAAAGUACGAGUCUGGCACGACAACACAGGUCUUGCUCCAGGAUGGCACUUGGAGUAUAUUGAUGUGAAGGAUGAUAUCAUGGACAAAACAUUUCGUUUCCCCUGUGACCGCUGGCUUGCCAAAAAUGAUGAUGAUGGACAGAUAAUGAGAGAACUGCCCUGUGCUAACAACGACUACUUAGACCUCAAUGAGAAGACAAAGUACGAAAUUUGUAUCACAACUGGAGACACAGCUGAAGCUGAAACCAAAGAAAAUGCCUGGAUUGUACUUGAGGGGAAGAAGGGCCGAUCAAAAGAAUUUGUAAUGGAGAACUCCUCAAAGAAGAAGAGGUUCUUAAGGGGAAAUGUUGACAAGUUCGAGUUUUCGUCCAAGAACCUGGGCGACAUUGCUGGUAUCUGCCUGGGCCACACACCCAAGGAUGGAAAGAAAGUGAAGGGGGAGGUUUACUGGCAUGUGGUGGAGGUCGUCGUCACUGAAAGGGAACUGGGAAACAAGUACAUCUUCACUUGCAAUGCCCCCAUCCCUCUCUCUCCAAAGAGGGAUGAGUUUAUGACCUUUGAGUGCACAAAGGCCAUUGAGAGCUUUGCAAGUAAAGCUCGAAGCCUGGUGCCCGUCAAGUACGAAAUCAUCGUCAUCACGGGUGAUGAGAAGGGAGCAGGUACAGAUGCCAAUGUUUUCAUCACUAUCUACGGCUCCAAUGGGGAUUCAGGCCGCCGGCAAGUGCGGCAG